AUGAGGAUCCGUCUCUGCGCCUCUGCCCCGGCGUCGAGCCACGCGGGGCUUCACGGGCGCUUCUCCCUCCCGUCCCGCUGCUGUGCGCGGGGGCCGGCAGGCAGCAAUCCCGGGGCAGCAGCCAGGGCGCCUCCAGGAACGACCCUGAACGAGGGGCCUCGAGAAGGCCCCGGCGCCGCCCGCCCGCGGCGCUGCCCGCGGCGCGGACUCACCACGGAGGAGGAGGAGGAGGCGGCCGAGGCGAUCCAGGGGUUAUAUGGGGUUUUUGUUUGUUCUCCUAAACAGCCUAUUACUAGUUCUCCUCCCAAAUGGAUGGCUGAAUUAGAAAAUGAUGAUAUUGAUAUGUUAAAAGAGCUGGGGAGCCUCACUACUGCUAACCUCAUGGAGAAGGUUCGAGGUCUGCAGAACCUGGCUUAUCAGCUGGGCCUGGAUGAAUCUAGAGAAAUGACUCGAGGGAAAUUCCUCAACAUCCUAGAAAAACCCAAGAAGUAGCUGCUGCUCUGGAAUUCGGACAAAAAUAUCCCAGCUGAGUCGUUUUGUGCUGUGGAUCCAGAUGAACCCAGAACUUCUAAGGAGAAGAACAAAUCUCUUGCUUUAGAUCUUCAGAAGCAAAUGUCUCUAUUGCUUCCACAGCUUGUCUCAUACCUGGGGAGAAACAUUCCAAAUGCAGAUCACAAGGAUUGCUACAAAUUCCAUUGAAAUUCAGCCUUUAUCUGACUGUAAGAUAUCCAACAGGAAGACUCAGCCCUGAUGUCCUGUGACGAAGUUACCUGCCAU